CGUGUUCAUUUGCCUGGCUCAGCCAAGUGGGGACAAAAGUGUUGGUGGAGGGUUUGAGACCCAUGUGCACCUUUCCUGAUGCUGCUGAGAGACCCCAGCAAGGUCGUGCUCAGAGUAGGGCUGAGCUUAUGUUCUGUCCCUGCAGUGGUGACAGGAUACCCUCUCUAGGGUAGGACGGUGGGUUCCCGACUCCUUGAGCCCGGCACUGUGUGGCUCUGGCACCGGCAGCAUACAGCAAGUGAGGGCAGAGCCAGGGUCUCUCUAGCCCCUCUCCCUGUGAUGGUUCCUUCCCGGCCAGGAGGCCGUGGGCCGGACCAGUGGCGAGCCGGGCCGGAUGGGCGGCACGGCAGGGCCAGAGCCCGGGGACCCCCGAGGCGGCUGAGCUGGCCCAUGGCGGCGGGCGCGGGCGCCUUCGCGUGGGCCACCUUCCCCGCCAUGCCCACCCGUCGCGUGUACUGCAGCGCCGCGCACCGCGACGGGCAGCUCUUCGUGCUGGGCGGCUGCGGGGGUGGCGGGCGAGCCCUGGGAACUGCUGAGGUGCUCGACCUCCAAGCCCAGCGCUGGACCACGCUCCCACCACUGCCCACGCCGCGGGCUGGCGCUGCCGUCCUCGCCCUGGGCAAGCAGAUCUUGGUGGUGGGCGGUGUGGAUGCGGCACAGAGCCCCCUCGCCUCCGUUGAGGUCUACCACGUGGAUGAGGGCAAAUGGGAGAAGAAGGCGGCAUUGGCUCAGCCCUCUAUGGGUAUCUCAGCUGUGCAGAGAGAUGGGGUUGUCUACGCACUGGGGGGAAUGGGUGCGGACACCUCUCCCCAGGCACUGGUCCGUGUCUAUGAGCCAGCAAAAGACCACUGGCAGCCCCUACCUUCCAUGCCCACACCGUGUUAUGGGGCCUCUGCCUUCCUGCAGGGAAACAAGAUCUUCGUCCUGGGAGGCCGGCAAGGCAAGCUGCCUGUCACCGCCUUCGAGGCUUUUGACCUGGAGACAAGGAGCUGGACACGCUACCCCAGCGUGCCCAGCCGCCGCGCCUUCGCCGCCUGUGCCAUGGCUGAUGGGGUUGUCUUCAGCCUGGGAGGGUUGCAGCAGCCAGGGCCUCACAACUUCUAUUCCCGUCCCCAUUUUGUCAACACCGUGGAGAUGUUUGAUCCUGCACAGGGUGUGUGGAGAAAACCAAGCCGCACCAUCCGUAUGAAAGAGAAGAGAGCCGACUUCGUGGCUGGAUGCCUGGGAGGAAGAGUGGUGGCUGUGGGUGGCCUUGGUAAUGCUGGGGGGAACCAGUCCUGCCCACUGGACUCAGUGGAAGGGUUCAGCCUCUCGCAGAAAAAGUGGGAGCCGCUGCCCCCCAUGCCCACUGGCCGCUGCUCCUGCUCCAGCUGCCCAACACCCAGCCUGCUCUUCAUCAUCGGCGGUGUGGCCCAGGGUCCCAGUGGUGCUGUCGAGGCUCUGUGCCUGCGUGAUGUGCCCUGAAUGGGACCCUGAGGACCAGCCCUGGCCAAGCACCAAGUGCCUGAAGAUGGGGACAGGGUGUGUGAGCACCCAUGUGUUCACCUAGGUGAACCUGGCUCCAGGAAGCCUCUGUCCCAUGAUGCCAGGCACCAGAGCAGCUGCGGUUUUGGGAACUCCCAGCUCCUGCAGCGCUGUGGCAAUGAAGCCCAGGGCAAACUCCUGCCUGGUGGGAUGGCCAUCGCCAGCAGUGUGGAGGGAGCAGCGGUGGCAGGACUGCCACUGGCCUCACUGCCCUGUCCGGCCCCAUCUGUGCCACGGCGUAUCUGUGCCGUGUGUGUAGCAGUGAGUGCUGUGUCGUCGUAGACCCAGUCGAUGUCUCAUGUAGCACAGAGGUGCCCUGUAGCUCAGUGCCUGGGAGGUGAUGUAGCACCUCAAAUAAAUGAAACAUGGAAUUUUA